AUGGAAAGUUCUAAGAACAACAAACUGGAGAAAAGAAGUUAUGAUGUAGUUAAUGAGGACCAACAUCAUCUUGCUCACUCAAAGAAGCCAAAACUACCUGGUUUAGCCAGUGUGAUUGUAGAAGCUUUGAAGGUGGAUAGUUUGCAAAGACUAUGCUCAUCUUUGGAACCUCUACUCAGAAAAAUUGUCAGUGAGGAAGUGGAGCGCGCUUUGGCGAAAUUGGAUCAUGAUAAACUGGGUGAUAGGUCUUCACUGCCGGGGGAAAAGAAUCUGCAGCUUCAUUUCCGAACAAGAAUGCCGCCUCAUUUGUUCACAGGAGGGAAGGUUGAGGGAGAGCAAGGAGCAGUCAUUCAUGUUAUCUUGUUGGAUCCGAACACGGGCAACGUUGUUCAAGUUGGACCGGAAUCGGUUUCUAAGUUGAAUGUUGUUGUGCUUGAAGGUGAUUUUAAUGAGGAGGUUGAUGAUGAUUGGACAAAGGAUCACUUUGAAAGCCAUCAAGUAAAGGAACGUGACGGGAAAAGACCAAUUCUAACUGGCGAUUUGCAAGUUAGUCUAAAAGAAGGUGUAGGAACAUUAGGCGAUCUUUCUUUCACAGACAAUUCUAGCUGGAUAAGAAGCAGAAAAUUUAGGCUUGGAGUUAAGGUGGCUCCUGGGUAUUGUGACGGGAUUCGAGUGCGCGAGGGUAAGACCGAAGCCUUUGCUGUUAAAGAUCAUAGAGGGGAAUUGUACAAGAAACACUAUCCACCUGCUUUGCAUGAUGAAGUUUGGAGAUUGGAUCGGAUAGCAAAGGACGGUGCACUUCACAAAAAAUUGAUUCAAUCAAGAAUAGUAACCGUAGAAGAUUUCCUGCGUCUUCUUGUCCGCGAGCCGCAGAAAUUAAGAAGUAUACUUGGUAGUGGAAUGUCCAACAGAAUGUGGGAGAACACUGUGGAGCAUGCCAAGACAUGUGUCUUGGGUACUAAGCUUUUUGUUUACUACACUGAUGAAACCAAUAGCACUGGCAUUAUGUUCAACAACAUAUAUGAGCUAAGAGGCCUCAUUGCUGAUGGUCACUUCUUCUCUUUAGAAUCUCUCACUCCAAAUCAGAAGAUGUCUGUGGAUUCCUUGGUGAAAAAAGCAUAUGAUAAUUGGGGCCAGGUGAUAGAAUAUGAUGGAAAAGUUUUAAAUUCUUUGACUAAUUCGAAAAGGGGAUCAAAAUCUGUUGACACUCAUGCAAUGCAUCACAACAAUUUCCAAGACCAGCAGUAUGCAUCUGCCAAGGGCAGGUCGUUGUACGUCUCGUCUGUACCGAAUCAACAUUUGCAAAUAACGAGCAACUACUUAUCCAGUCCUGAUUAUCAGAUGGUAGGGACAUCUGUGAACGAUUCACAAAUAGCAUUACCAGGAACCAUGAAUUACAACAUGUCGGGUCCUGAAAAUGGAGGUGCUUAUUAUCAAGGAGAAUGGUCUAGGCAGAGAAAUGGACAAGGGUUGGAAGACAUUGUCGCAGAAGAGCUUCGUCUUAGGAGUUCACAGAUGUUGGAGAGCGAUGAUAUGCAGAGGUUACUUAAGACGAUUAAUGAAGGAGCUGAUUUUGGUCACUCUAAUGAGAGUUGUUAUAGUUACAGGCUUGAGUAUGAGCCCCCUUACGGCGGCGAGGAUAAUGUCAAGUGCUCAGGGAAGGCUGUUGUUGGGUGGCUUAAGCUCAAAGCAGCUUUAAGGUGGGGAAUAUUUAUUAGAAAAAGAGCCGCAGAAAGACGAGCACAGCUUACUGAGUUGAACUGA